GUAGGGUGGUGUGAGCUAUGCCGGUCCUAGAUAUGGACACCCUUCUUCGACUGCGGCGGGACAUGUCAGCCACAGUAGCGAAGGAGGUGGUCACGACAGUGGCCAGUGCCCUCAGUGAUGUCACAGGGGGAGGCAACGAUGUUACAUCACCCAACGGAAAUGGCACCGACUUCGCUACCACACCAGCCACCGGCUUCAACAAAUUCAAAGACAUGGUGUGGGAUAAAAUAGAAUCAUUGGGACUUCCAAUCUGGGCAUUGGUCCUCAUUGCUAUCGGAGCUGGGCUCUUCCUACUCUGCUGUCUCUACUGUAUAUGUAAACGAUGUAUAUGUCGGAAGAGGAAAAAGAAAGAUCAAAAGAAGGGGCUCAAAGGAGCGGUCGACCUGAAGAGUGUGGCAUUGCUGGGAAAUGCUAUCAAAGAAAAAGUAU